GCUGCAUGCAAACUCAGAGAAUUGUUUCUGCAUUACACAAAAUAUGUGUAUCUGCAUGUGUGUUUGCUAUAUGCACAUACUUUAUUACGCUUGCCUUUGAACACUGAACUUCUGAACUUCCCUUGACGUUUUUCCCUGUAGCAUGUGGCUCUGAUUUGGAUUCUUUGCUAGACUUGUUUUCGUUCACUCGGCUCUUUUGAAGUUGUUUCUGUUUCGAGUCAUUGCGCAGAAGAAUGGAUUCCUCUGCACUUCACUCUCUUUUAUUUAUGCUUUUCACCACCUUCUCCUAUGUUCUUGCUGGAAUGGACUCUUGUUAUGAUGAGGAGGGCGUCCCGAGCCGCUGUUUGCCUAAAUUUGAAAAUGCGGCCUUCAAUCGUACAGUGAUAGUUUCAAAUGUGUGCGGUAUCCCAUCUGAGGACUAUUGUAUGCAGACGGGGUCCACGCGGUCAUGUCACUUCUGUGAUGCCUUGGACUUGGAACUAAAUCACAACGCUACUUACCUGACAGACUUCCAUACGGAUGAAGAGCCUACAUGGUGGCAGAGUCAGUCCAUGUUCUAUGGAGUUCAGUAUCCUAAUUCAGUCAACAUCACAUUGCAUCUUGGCAAGGCCUUUGAGAUCACAUAUGUCCGUUUGAAGUUCUACACCAGCCGACCAGAGAGCUUCGCCAUCUACAAGCGUACCGAGGAGAAUGGACCAUGGCAACCAUACCAAUAUUACAGUGCUUCUUGUCGCAAGAUGUACAGGAGGGACAAUAAGGGCUUCAUACGUCCAGGCGAGAAUGAAAUGACAGCACUCUGCACGGAUGAAUUUAGUGACAUCUCACCACUAACUGGCGGAAAUGUGGCUUUCUCCACACUGGAGGGACGACCCAGUGCCUACAACUUCGACCAGAGUCCUGUGUUACAGGACUGGGUGACAGCUACUGAUAUCCUCAUCUCUCUGGACAGACUGAACACUUUUGGAGAUGAGUUCUUCAAAGAUCCCAAAGUGCUUCGUUCAUAUUUUUAUGCCAUAUCGGAUUUUUCCGUGGGGGGCAGUGGUCUUGCUGAUGAAUGUGUGUUUGAUGCAGAGCAGUACCGCAGCACAGGAAGUGGGGGGCGCUGUGUUGGCUGCAGGGAAAACACAGUUGGCCCUCACUAUCCAGAUGGCUGGAAGGGUGUGUUCUCCGGAGGGUACGAGCAGUCCCUCAUCUGGAAGGAGGGAGAAGUCUAUCUGUUGCCCUACAGAGAGGAGAAUGGCUUCUACAAAGCACCUGAUAAAUAUCUGGGGAACAGGUUGCUAAGUUACGGACGGACCCUUAGCCUGUCAUUUACGGCUGAGCUGGAGGAGCUCUUGCCCAGAAGUGUGACCGUGACACUGGAGGGCUUCGGAAUAUUGGUUACUGCUGAUUUGUACUCUCAACAGAAGACUUAUUCCUCAUUGGAAAAGACACCCAUCAACAUUUUCACUCUAAGGUUAACAGAGAAGAGCGUAAAACCAUCUAUUGCCCCAUUUGAGUUUCUCCGAAUGCUUUACAGUCUAACUGCACUACAUAUCAGCAAUGCAGGGGGCCAGAACUACACCUCUCAAAUCUCCAGGGUAAGCCUUGAAUCUGCAGUCCGGAAAAACGACAUUAUGGCCCCACAUGCUUCAUGGGUGGAGGAGUGUACUUGUCCCACAGGAUUCACUGGGCAGUUCUGUGAACGCUGUGCUCCUGGAUUCACCAGGGAAACCCCUAAUGGUGGAACCUUCUCCCCUUGUGUACCUUGCAACUGCAAUCAACAUGGAACCUGCCAUGCUGAGACAGGUGUGUGUGACUGCAGAGACUUCACCACAGGCCGUUAUUGUGACCUUUGUGAAGAUGGUUACUAUGGCAAUGCACUGACUGGCAGCCCAAUCGACUGCACACCUUGUCCUUGUCCAGAUCGCACCACCUGUGCACAGGUGCUAGAGACAGGGGACGUGGUUUGUACCAGCUGUCCGGCAGGCCAAAGGGGUGUACGGUGUGAAUUAUGUGAAGAUGGUUUCUAUGGCAACCCUCUGGGCUGGGGAGGCAAAGUGCAGCCGUGUGUGAGGUGCGAGUGUAAUGGGAACGUGGAUCCAAAUGCAGUGGGUGUGUGCGAUCACAUGACUGGACGCUGUCUGAAAUGCCUGGGACAUACGACUGGGGACCAUUGUGAAAAAUGCAGAUCAGGUUACUACGGCAACGCUUUGGCCAAUGAACUCAAUCCAGAGCGAAAGUGCAAACCUUGUGCCUGUAACGUGGCUGGGACAUCAGGGUCACUGAAUGACUGCCACCCGGAUACAGGAAAAUGUGUUUGCCUGAGUCAUGUAACAGGAAGAGACUGUGGACAGUGCGAAACUGGUUACUUCAACCUGCAGCCAGGCUUGGGCUGUGAGAUGUGCAACUGCAAUCCCAUUGGCUCCUCCUCUUCAGCAUGUCAUCCAAUCACAGGACAGUGCAUGUGUCGAACUGGUGUAGAGGGGCUGUCAUGUGACACUUGUCGAAUGGGAUUCUUUGGUUUCUCCUCUAGAGGCUGCAGAGCAUGUAAUUGUGACCCCAUGGGCUCGACCUUGAUGCAGUGCCAUGACAAUGGGACAUGUUCUUGUCGCCAUGGGUUUGUUGGAUAUAAGUGUGAUAAGUGUGAACUGAACCACUUUCAGAACCGCCUGACCCACCAAUGUGAGGAGUGCCCUGUGUGCUACAGUCUCAUCAGAGACCAGGUCAAUAAACUGAAAGCCAGACUGAAGGAGUUGGAGAUGCUGCUCAGCAGCUAUGACUGCAAUAGAUACAGUCGGCAUUAUCGUAGGCGCCAGCAGCAACAUAACAGCCUGGACAAUCACAUACAGAAGGACCAGGUUGAAGAUUAUCUGCCCAAUGCCCUGGAGGACCUCCUAGCUAUUCAAGAGGCUCGUGAGGCCUUCAUUAAGCAGUUCUCACAGCUGGAAACAUCUGCCCAGACCUUACAGCUACAGCUGCGUAGCAUUGCAACAGCGUUGAACUGCAACUUAACAGACAGUGGAGAAGAUACAGAGGAAGGAAAGACUCUCAAGGGUGAAAAUGAGUGUCAAGAGCUUGUUGACACUAUAUCCUCUGCUCUGAAUAUGCAAGACCAGCUUCAGAAGUUGACUCUUGAACUUAACAGCAUGGUCAUGCCAUCUGUAAUCCCUAAAGAACCAAACAAAUGGAACGCUAUAGUUAAUGAAUCUGAAGUGCUAGUGAAAAGUCACACAGACAUGGCAGCUCAUAUUGAGCAGAUAGCAGAAGAUGCCUUUAAAAUGACUAAUGGAAUCUAUUCACUGCUGAUAACUUUACUAGAAGACAACUCCACAGAGUCUUAUGUGCAGGAUCUCACACAGAAGCUGGCGGAGAUGCAGCAGUUGAAAGAGAAUCUGACUCUUGAGGUUAAUGAGACUUUAGUGACACACCUGUCACUUCAGAGGCACAACUCUGAGAUAGCCGCCAUUUUAGAGAACAUCACUGCUUCACUAUCAGAACUACGCAGAACGGAUGGCAAUUUCACCCUCACAGCGCAGGAGUCCAACAUAACGGCUUUCUCACAGAUGCUUAAUCAAACAAACGUCACAGCAACCCAGGAUCCUGAAAUCACUGAGAGCGAGGACCUGAUGAACAGGACAACUGAGUUGGACAUUUCUGUCCAGUCCAAAGAGCAUUUGAUAAAUAAGACCAGAGAGGAAAUACAGCCCCACGUGGACAGUGCUGAAAAACACCUGAAAACUGUUCAAGAGCUCAAGCAGUUUACGGCUGUGGCUGAGGGAUUUAAGGUGUCAGCCGUCUCCUCUGUGGUGACAGGGAAAGAGGUUGAGGCGGAGAUCCUGUCUCUGCAGAAGGGUCUGGAAGACAUGGAGCAGGACUGGCCUCAACUGCCCACAUAUAGCAAAGGAUAUCUGAAGAGAGAGAAGAUGCUGAAAGAAAAGACCCUGGUGGAUGUGAAAAAAAGAAUUAAGCAGACAGAGAGAACGAUCAAGCCUGCAGUGGAGAAUGCUACGGCUGCGAGCAGCACAGCUAAACAAGCCCAGGAUACUGCAGAUGCAGUGGCUAAAGAUGCCAAAGUGUCCCUCACGCAAGGGAAACGGACAAAACAUGCAUCUGGACAGUUGCGUUCAGUUGUUGACACCACCCUGGAGCAGUUGACUGAGCUGGAAAGCCAAGCUGCACAGAAACAGGAAACCAUGGAGGCAGAGGAGGACAUCCAGCUUUCUUCAAAGAAUGUGAUAGACAGCAUGGAGACGGCCAAGAGUCAGCUGGAGUCCUUUACAAGCAUGCUAUCUCUGCUCCUUAAACAACUGGAUGCUAAUGAGGUGCUGGAGAACUAUGAUCGCAUCCUGAAUGAGACGGCAGCCCGUCUUCGUGUUCUCCGGGGUGCUGUGGAGGGUCCAUCUCUCACUGGAAAGAUUCAGAGGCUCCACAGUGCUGCGCAAGAUCAAGAGAAACAGCUGCAAAAUCUUGAACAGAGCCUGCAGGAGAUACGAGAAGAAAGAGACAGUCUGACAGACAUCACCCAGAACUUGCCUAAAACAUGCCCACAAAAAGGGCACUGAGCCGGCGGGAGGAAGAAGUCUAUCAGUUGUCUAGUCUUUUGGAGAGACAUUGAGGUAGCUCAAAGGAGUUAGUCACCUCAGAGAAUCUGAAUCAAGGGAAGCUAAAAAAAAAAAAAGGGAACAAACCUCUGAAAUCCCCCUCUCCCUCUCAAUUUCUCUUUUAGCUGUAUCUUGUUACAAAGCAAUACUGAACAUAUAAAUGACACAUUCAAAUGUAAAUGCUUUAUAAACAUUCAUUUGUUGUGAAUACAGAGUGGCUUUACUUAUUUACUCUAUUGGUAAAGAGUCAAAAUGCAGGUGAUGGCAUUUAUAUUUAAGUAGCACUUUGAAUUGAAAUCAUCAGUAUUCAAGCAAAAUGUCAGUGUGACUGGACUUCCAGAGAUGAUCACAUUUACAUUAUGCUUGAAUAUUGAUGUUUUGCAGACUGACAUUAUGAAGUUUGCUUGCAAUGUAAUAUGCAAUUUUCCCACC